AUGUAUGUGUGCUGUCUGGGAUGUGUGUGUGAGUGUGUGUGUUUGUUUAUGUGUGUGUUUGUGUAUCAGGAGUGGGAGAAGCUCAACUAUGACAUCCAUACUCUGAGGUACAUCAAACGAGAGAUCAGCAGCCGGUGGAAAAAGAUUCUAAUACAGCUAGGUGAGAUAAACUUAGUAGAGAUAAUCUCCUCGCUUCGUAUCUCAACCUUUUUAUUCCUUAGCCUUUUCCUGUCUAUUCUCACUUCACUUCUGCUGCUCUCCUUCUCUAUUUACAUAUUGCCUUCAGAAAAGUAUUCACACAUCUUGACUUUUUUCAGAAAAAGUAAAACCUGAAUUUAAAAUGGAUUACAUUUCUUGUCACGGGCCUACUCGCAAUACCACAUAAUGUCAAAGUGGAAUUAUGUUUUUUUUUAGAAAUGUUUAUAAAUUAAUUAAAAAUGAAAAGCUGUAAUGUCUUGAGUCAAUAAGUAUUCAACCCCUUUGUUAUGGCAAGCCUAAAUAAGUUCAGGAGUAAAAAUGUGCUUAAUACGUUGCAUGGACUCACUCUGUGUGCAAUAAUAUUGUUUAACCAGAAUUUUCAAUAAGUACCUCAUCUCUGUACCCCACACAUACAAUUAUCUGUAAGGUCCCUCAGUCGAGCAGUGAAUUUCAAACACAGAUUCAACCACAAAGACCAGGUAGGUUUUUUAAUGCCUCGCAAAGAAGGGCACAUAUUGGUAGAUGGGUAAAGAUUAAAAAAGCAGACAUUGAAUAUCCCUUUGAGGAUGGUGAAGUUAUUCAUUACACUUUGGAUACACCCAAUCACUACAAAGAUACAGGCGUCCUUCCUAACUCAGUUGCCGGAGAGGAAGGAAACUGCUCAGGGAUUUCACCAUGAGGCCAAUAGUGACUUGAAAACAGUUACAGAGUUUAAUGUGAUGGGAGAAAUCUGAGGAUGGAUCAACAACAUUGUAGUUACUCCACAAUACUAACCUAAUUGACAGAGUGAAAAGAAGGAAGCCUGUACAGAAUAAAAACAUGUAAAACUGCUAAAUAUGUGGCAAAGCAAUUAACUUUAGGUCCUGAAUACAAAGUGUUAUGUUUGGGGCAAAUCCAACACAACACAUUACUGAGUACCACUCUUCAUAUUUUCAAGCAUAGUGGUGGCUGCAUCAUGUUAUGGGUAUGCUUGUCAUCGUUAAGGACUGGGGAGUUUUUCAGGAUCAAAAAGAAACGGAAUGGAGCUAAGCACAGGCGAAAUCCUAGAGGAAAACCUGGUUCAAUCUGCUUUCCAACAGAGAUGAAUGUACCUUUCAGCAGGAAAAUAAACAAAAAAGCAAGGCCAAAUAUACACUGGAGUUGCUUACCAAGAAGAAAGUGAAUGUUCCUGAGUGGCCGAGUUACAGUUUGGACUUAAACCUGCUAGAAAAUCUAUGGCAAGACUUGAAAAAUGGUUGUCUAGCGAUGAUCAACAACCAAUUUGACAGAGCUUGAAGAAGUCUUUAAAGAAUAAUGGGCAAAUGUUGCACAAUCCAGGUGUGUAAAUCUCUUAGAGACUUAGCCAGAAAGACUCACAGCUGUAAUCACUGCCAAAAGUGAUUUUAAGAUGUAUUGACUCAGGGGGUUGAAUACUUAUCCUAAUCAAGAUAUAUUACUGUUUCAUUUUUCAUAUUUUUAUUUUUUUACAAAGGUUAGAAUUUUCUUCCAUUUUGACAUUACAGAGUAUUUUGUGUAGAUUGUUGACAAAAAAGAUGACGAUUAAAUCCAUUUGAAUCCAAAAUGUGGAGAAACUGGACUUCUAAUUCUUUCAUUUCAACAAAACACAACAACAGUGCACUGUGCAAAAUCAAGACAGUCUCCAUUUGAAAUGGAUGUGAACGAAUGUGUGUUAACAUUCUUAAGAGUUUGCUCUUUUGGUUGAUGCUCGUGUUAUGUACUUUUCCAAACUAUAUGCUUUUCCAAACCCUGAACACAAUAUUAUAGUUUAAGGACUAUUGAGUUGAACAUUCCAGUUGUUGAUUCUACGUCCCCAGGCUUUAUACUGGUGCUUGUGUCCCCUGUAGGCUACCAGCGUGAGGUGGACUCUCUCCUGGCGGUGAACAGACAGCAGUACAGGACAACGCUGAGUGAAUCUGAUAACCUGAACAGAGCCAGAGAGCUGUUACAGACCACUCUGGACCACUCUAGUUUGUUCCCACGAAGAGUGGCUAGCUCAGACAGAUACCUCUUUGUUAUGGUACUGCUGCCCUACUGCUACACACACACACACACACACACACACACACACACACACACACACACACACACACACACACACACACACACACACACACACACACACACACACACACACACCUAUUUAUGCAGGAGGGGGGAGUAAUCACUUAAUGGGGCAAUAAUGAAGGGAAAAAUGUUCAAGCAAAGUUACUGAUGUUUAUCUGUUGUUUCUCUCUUCUCCCCCUCUCUUCUCCCCCUCUCUUCUCCUCUCUCCUCUCUUCUCCCCCUCUCCUCUCCUCUCUUCUCCCCCUCUCCUCUCUUCUCCUCUCCUCUCUUCUCCUCCCCUCUCUUCUCCUCCUCUCCUCUCUUCUCCCCUCUCCUCCUCUCCCCCCCUCCCUCUCCCCCCUCCCCUCUCCUCUCUUCUCCUCUCCUCCUUCUCCUCCUCUCCUUUCUUCUCCCCUCUCCUCUCUUCUCCCCUCUCCUCUCUUCUCCCCUCUCCUCUCUUCUCCUCCUUCUUCUUUUCCCCCCCUCUCCUUCUUUUCUCCCCUCUCCUCUUUCCCCCUCUCCUCUUUUCCCCUCUCUCCCCUCUCCCUCUCCCUCUUCUCCCCCUCCCCUCUUUCCCCUCUCUUCUCCUCUCUCCCCCCUCCCUCUCUUCUCCCCUUUCCUUUCCCCCUCUUUUCUCCUCUCUUCCCCCUCUCCUCUUUUCCCUUCCCUCUCCCCCUCUUCCCCUCCCUCUCUCUCUUCUCCUCCUCUCUUUCUUCCUCUCCUUUCCUUCUCCUCUGCUUCUCCUCCUCUCUUCUCUUCCUUUCCCUCUCUUCUCCCCCUCUUCCUCGUCUGUUCUCCCCUCUCCUCUCUUCCCCCUUACUCUUUCCCCUCUCUUCUCCCUCGAUCCCUCCCCAUCGUCCUUCGGAUCUUCUCUCUCUCCUCUCUUCUCUUCCUUUCCUCUCUUUUCCUCCUCUCCUCUCUUUCCUGUCAUCCUCUACCAGGAUCGCUUGGUGUCUCUGGACAGUGCAGAGGAUUUCAUCAGACUGGCGAAGGAGAAAUACCCAAAGAGAGAAUGA